AUGACAUUGCAAUUGGUGUCAGUAGGCUACUUUUACAAGUUGAUUGAGCACUUGAUAGCCUUCGCUCGCCAACGAUUCAAAAUCAGUAAUAUCCAAUUGGUAGUUGUUGUUCCAGCCAUUGCCAAACCUGAGUAUGGAAAGCAUGGCAUAGCGUAUACUAGCAAACUUGCUGUUCAUUACGUAGCGUCUGGUACUCCUGGCAAGCCUUUAAUUCUUUUCAUACACGGCUUUCCAGAGUUUUGGUUUUCAUGGCGUGCUCAACUUAAAGAAUUUGGUAACGAUUAUUAUGCUGUUGCAAUGGAUAACAGAGGAUAUGGUGAUACCACUAUCCCUAGCUUAAAAUCUAAAGAUUAUUGUAUUGAUCUACUUGCUCAAGACGUUAAAGAAGUGGUUGAGGCCUUAGGAUAUGACACUUGUACUUUAGUUGGUCAUGAUUGGGGCGGUGCGAUAGCUUGGCAUACUGCUAUAUCGUAUCCGGAAUAUUUUAAUAAUCUAAUUGUUAUGAAUGGCCCUCAUCCAAAGUACGGAAGAUUACAUAUGUAUUUUUGGUCUGACAUGUAUUGUCUUGAGUUUGAACAAAAAGCUAACUAA